AUGCCGCGCCUCGUGCGGCGGCAGACGCUGUCACAGCGCAUCACGGCAGCUAUGAACCCCUGGGACUUCUUGCUCUGGCUGUCCGAGGAAAUUGAGACACGCGAGCUCGACGCCGUCGUCGUCGGCAGCCAGGUCGGCGUCGUCGCCAACUUCCUCUUCCUUCUCGCCCGCGCCAACCUGGGAUCGUCCAACAGCGCCGACGACGAUGUGUUUGGCGACGGUUCGGGCCGCAGCUGGCUCUCGUAUCUGAUCCAACUCCUCGUCUGGGCCGGCUUCUCCCUGUCCGUCGCCAACGCCGUGUUUGUCUACACGCGCAAGCGCCACUACCGCCUGUUUGAGGCCAACAUCGACCGCCGUCCGGGCACCCCCUCGGCCAGCCGCGUCCGCGUCCAGUCGUCCCCUGCCACCAACUCGCCCCUGCGUGUCCUCGGCGACCUCGUCCACAGCGAAAGCGCCGAGUCGCGCGCCCAUCCGGACAGUACCCGCGAUGUUUGGGAGCUGGCGGUGUGGGACCCCCGCCCGGCCUCCCUCGCUCUGUUGUCGUUCUUCAGCCCCCUCCACGUCCUCAUCUACCUGUUUGAGCUCCCGCUCGACCCCCUCGAACCCCGGCCGAGCGUCGCCGUCCUCAAGUGCAUUGUGCUCCAGGUCGGCCUCUCGGCGGCUAUGCGCCUGCUGCAGGCCCGAAAUGACCAGCGCCAGCGCGACAACGCCAUUAUCCAGAAGGAAGUGCUCAACGAGUACAACACCAAGUUUGUGCAGCCGCGCCUGCACCCCAUCGUGCGCGACAUGGGCACGCAGGUGGCCAUGGAUACGACCGGCGUGGCAGCGCAUGGUUCGUCGGCCGACGGCACGGUCAGCGAGGCGGUCGAGUGUGGCACACCGACGACUGUGAUCCACCGCGGUUUCCAGACGCACCCCAACGCCAACUACAUCAAGCACAUUGACCCCGACUUUGGCCGCCGGGAUGCAUCUUCGACCGGCCGCCAUUCUGGUCCCAUCGCCGCCACGCCGCGCCACCUCACGCCCGCACAGCAGAGACCGGCUAGGUACUCGGACUCGUUCACGCCGGGCGGCAGCACGAGCGUCGCAGCCAAGUCGCGCCAGAGCAUGCCGGUAACCGCGACGCCCAGCUAUGCGUCGACAGGCGAGGGUUCGAGCACCAGUUCGAUCCACGCGGGUGCCGACGCAGCCAGUGGCGUCAUUGGCGAGGGCACACGAUCCAGAACGGGGACCGCCUAUGUGGCCAACUCGCCCUUUGCACCGGCCAGCAGCGUCCGCCGCCCCGCCGGUCUCCCCGCGAGCGCCACCACCAACUUUGGCGGCAGCAUGGGCGUGUACAGCCACGUCAACUCGCCGCUGAAAAAGGCCAUCAGUAUGAACGACAUUGGCAGCAGCAGUGCCGCUGGCGGGUUCCAGUCGCCGCGCAAUUCACGCGAGCUGGCCGCCGUCGAGCAGCGUGACGCCGCCGAGCGGAUGCAGCGCAUGCGCAGUCCCACCAAGUCGCCCAGAAAAGAAAACUUCCAGCCGCCCCAGCCACAGACCGAGUCGCGGCUGUCGUUCCAGCCGCAGGAGCUAUCGUCGCCACCGGUGCCUUUCAACCCCUUUGCCAAGACACGGCCCAGCAGUCAGUUCGCCAAGAAUGAACGGUUUCCGUCUCGGUGGUAG